UGUGUUUUGACAGCCGCACAUGCUGGAUUUUGUUUACAAGUCUUUUCUCUAAUUUUUCACGUAUUUUUAGUGAGUGCAACAUCUUAGAAUCAUUAUGAAGAGACUGUCAGAGGAGCGGACACGAGUGUUGUUCGAGAAACUAUCAAAAUACAUUGGCCCCAAUGUGAAGCAGCUCAUUGAUCGUCCGGAUGGCACAUACUGCUUCCGCGAAAAGCGCGAUCGGGUGUAUUACGUGUCGGAGAAGAUCAUGAAGCUGGCGGAGAACUUCUCACCAGAACAGUUGGUCUGCGCUGGAACGUGUUUUGGCAAAUUCAGCAAAAGCAACAAGUUCAAGCUGCACAUAACAGCUCUGGCUUAUCUCGCUCCAUACGCGCAGUACAAGAUCUGGCUGAAGCCUUCGGCGGAGCAGCAGUUCCUCUACGGCAACCACAUUUCCAAGUCCGGAAUGGGGCGCAUCACGGAAAACACGCCCAAGUAUCAGGGCGUGAUCGUGUACAGCAUGGGAGAUUUGCCACUGGGAUUCGGAGUGGCCGCUCGAUCGACGGCAGAGUGCAAGUUGUCCGAUCCUCUGACGACAGUGUGCUUCCAUCAGGCUGACAUUGGGGAGUACAUUCGCUGUGAAGACACUCUAUUGUGAAUAAAUUCUAGUUGAAAACAA